UUACAGCAGAGUGAGAAGAGGUGGUUGGAAUGGGGGUAGAGGCAGGAGACUGUGUAGCAUCCUGCUCUGAGAGCCGAGGCUCAUGGGUCUGAGAGAAGGGGAUCAUAAGGGAGGGGAUUCUGGCUUGGGAGUCAGACUCACAGCAGCUCAAAGCGAUCAAUCAACUUUUGACAACUUGGACAUUCCUGUGCUUCUCUAAGUUCAGUGAAGUGAAUCAGAGACUGUGAAACCUGUUCCUCUCACAGAACACUGGCUCUGUGCCCCACAAAGUGAUCACAACCCUCAAGACUUCAGACAAUCAACUUAUGAACUGUCUUCCACAGGACCCAGGAAUGCCCUGCAUGAGUCUGCCCUAGAAACGACAACUCUAGACCUAAGAAUGAUUGUCCUGAUCCAGCCCAAUUGUGAUUUUCGUGUGUGUAAACUCUGCCUUUAUCCCAGGUGGGGAAGCCCUCCCCAAAAGAGGACUUCAGGCCUUGCUUGCUGAGGACCAAAGCCUGUUCCUAGGAGAGAGCCUAGAACCAAGGAGAAUGGCAGCUGGGAGCCAGAGACCCUCAUCCCAGGAGUUGGUGACAUUCAAAGAUGUGGUUGUGGACUUCACUAAAGAGGAGUGGUGCCUCUUGGACCAUUUUCAGAAAGAGCUAUACAAGGAGGUCAUGCUGGAGAAUAUCCAGAACCUGUUGUGCCUGGAUUUAGAGACCAGGUUCAAAGUCAAUGAAGUGACUAGAAAUCAUGGAAUUUUUGUGGAAGAACAUGACCUGCAAAGAUUCAUGAGUGAUGGUGCCUGGGACUUCAAGUUGAAAGAAAUUCAUGACUCUAAUAUCAAGGCUGAUAAAAAUCGAAAUAGCAACUGUGAGUUUGAUAAAAUUGGAAAGAGAUUCAGUCACUCUUCUAGACUAAAUCACUGUAAGAAAAUGACCUCAGGGAAUAAGUCUCUUCAGGAUAUUGAAUACAGCAAAUGCAUUAUUGAACAUGUACAGCUUUUUCUGUCCCAUGAGAAGGCCCCUGAAAUGCCCGUGCAUCCAGAUAAUCAAUGGGAAAUGGCCUGGAGCUGGAGUUCAGACCUCAAGAGACAUCAGAAGAGUGACACUGAAGAAAGGCUUUGUGUAAGUAAUAAAGGUAGGAAGGCCUUGAGUCAGAAAUCUAAUCUCAUUACUCAAAAGCAAAUUCCCAUUAGAAAGGAGCCUGAUGAAUAUAAUGAAUGGGAAGCAACCUCAUCCCAUCACUCAUCUCUUCCUUGCCAGCCUAGGUUGCACCCUGGAAUGAAAAGAUAUGCAUGUCCUCAGUGUGGGAAGGCCUUUGGUUGGAACUUAGAUCUUGAUAGAUUUCAUAAGAUUAAUACUGGGGAGAAGUUUUAUAAAUGUCAUGAAUGUGGGAAGGCUGUCUACUACAGAUCUCUCCUUAGUGGCCAUUGGAGAAUCCAUAGGGGAGAAAAAUGUUUUGAAUGUAGUCAGUGUGGAAAAACUUUCAGAAAGGGCUCCCAUCUUGCUGCCCAUGAGAGAAUCCACACUGGAGAGAAACCUUAUGAAUGUAAUUACUGUGGAAAGGCUUUCACAAGGAGGGAGACUCUUGCUGCCCAUCAUGGAAUCCACAGUGGAAAGAAACCUUUUGAAUGUGAUCAAUGUGGAAAGACUUUCACAAGGAGGGAGAGUCUUGCUGCCCAUCAUAGAAUCCACAGUGGAGAGAAACCUUUUGAAUGUAAUCAAUGUGGAAAGACUUUCCGAACAAGCUCCCCUCUUGCUGCCCAUCAGAGAAUCCACAGUGGAGAGAAACCUUUUGAAUGUAAUCAGUGUGGAAAGAAAUUCAGAAGGAGCUCCCGUCUUGCUGUCCAUCAGAGACUCCACAGUGGAGAGAAACCUUUUGAAUGUAAUCUAUGUGGAAAGGCUUUCAUAGAGAGAUACCGUCUUACUGAACAUCAGAGAAUCCACACUGGAGAGAAACUUUAUGAAUGUAAUUACUGUGGAAAGGCUUUCCCAAAGAGGAGCAAACUUGGUGCCCAUCAGAGAAUCCACACUGGAGAGAAACCUUAUGAAUGUAAUCACUGUGGAAAGGCUUUCACAUACAGGGGCAAUCUUGCUACACAUCAGAGAAUCCACACUGGAGAGAAACCUUAUGAAUGUAAUCUUUGUGAAAAGGCUUUCACAACAAGACGGAAUCUUGCUGCCCAUCAGAGUAUCCACAGUGGAGAGAAACCUUUUCAAUGUAAUCAAUGUGGAAAGGCUUUCUCAAACAGUAGCAGACUUGGUGCCCAUGAGAGGAUCCACACUGGAGAGAAACCUUAUGAAUGUAAUCACUGUGGAAAGGCUUUUACAGACAGGGGCAAUCUUGCUCAACAUCAGAAGAUCCACACUGGAGAGAAACCUUAUGAAUGUAAUCUGUGUGGAAAAGCUUUUACAAUGAGGCAGAAUCUUGCUGCCCAUCAGAGAAUCCGCAGUGGAGAGAAACCUUUUGAAUGUAAACAAUGUGGAAAGACUUUCAGAACGAGCUCCCAGCUUGCCGGACAUCAGAGAAUUCACACUGGAGAGAAACCUUAUCAAUGUAAUCACUGCGAAAAAGCUUUUAGGAACAGGGGCAAUCUUGUUGCACAUCAGAAAAUCCACACUGGAGAGAAGCCUUAUGAAUGUAAUCAAUGUGGAAAGACUUUCACCAGGAGGGAGAAUCUUGCUGCCCAUCAUAGAAUCCACAGUGGAGAGAAACCUUUCGAAUGUAAUCAAUGUGGAAAGACUUUCAGAACCAGCUCCCAGCUUGCUGCACAUCAGAGAAUCCACACUGGAGAGAAACCUUUUCAAUGUAAUCACUGUGAAAAGGCUUUCAGAGACAGGGGCAGUCUUACUGGACAUCAAAGAAUCCACACGGGAGAGAAACCUUUUGAAUGUAAUCAGUGUGAAAAGGCUUUCAGACACAGGCAAAAUCUUGGUGCCCAUCAGAGAGUCCACAGUGGAGAGAAACCUUUUUAAUGUGAUCAGUGUGGAAAGACUCAGAAAGAGCUCCCAUCUUGCUGUACAUUAGAUGAUUCAAAUGGAGAGAAACCUUUUGAGUGUAAUCAAUAUGGAAAGGCUUUCAUAAUGAGGUGGUAUCUUGCUGCACAUCUGUAAUGGUAAUGUAAAUUUGAAGAUCUUUCCAUCUAUUAAUAGGCCCAUGUAACCUGCUUAUGGCACAGGAAGCCUAAGUCAAGUGUGGUGGGAGGAGCUUGCUGAAGGAGAGGAACUAGAAGGGUGGAGCAGGAAAUGCUCAGAGCAAGUAAGAGGUGUGAGGAGAUUGACACAGGCAAGCAAUCAACUAGGAUUUGUGAAUGUUUAUUUACGGGAAGGCCUCAGCAGGGGUGAAGGUUAUGGGAUGGCAUGGCUGCCUGCUGUGAUAUUGUGUCUUAAGUUCUUUAAUGUUAUGAUGAAUAGGACUUACUGCUUUUGGGAUUUAGUUCUCUGGUGUCUGAAUAAAUAUUUUACUUCUUAUGCCUUCU